AUGACGUUCACCUGUCAAGUGAAAAACCAUAAAACCUUUAACAAAACUAUAAGACUGCAGUUAUCCACAGACACAGAUUUUCUCUGUAACGAUGACACAUUUGGUGUUGGUAAUGGAGGUGAUACGGCUACAAUUGACUGUGAAGAAGAAGAAGGGCAGGGAGACAAGGAGGGGGACAUCAUAGCAGAAUGUUUGCAAAAUGGUACAUGGGGGAAUAAGCAAAUAAACUGCAUCCUACGACAGGUUCAGGAGCUGCUUGAGCAGUCUCAGUUCUUGAAUAGCAAUUCAUUACCAGUAUUCUUGGACCAACUCAGCAAUGUCACUGACGAUUUCACCGAGGAAGUGGUUGCAUCUCCUUUAGACAUCAGUGCCAUUGUUGAUAUACUCAACAAUGUAGCCAACGCGUCACUUGCUAUCCCAAUAAAUGAAGAUUUAAUGGAGGAUGUCCUUUUAACUGUAGGUAUCCUCACCUCAAAUGAAUCAAGGGACUCAUGGAACUCUCUAAACGCCAAUGACACCAGAAACAUCUCAGAAAAAAGCAGCCCCACAGCCAGAAGCGUCAGCUCAACAUUAUUGCAGUCUGUUGAGAACAUAACAAAGGCCCUUACCAAUGACUCCUUUAAUAUUGACACGCCUUUUAUUCUCUUAAACAAAACCACAUUCACAAACACUUUUAAUGCUGAUAUUGAAAUCUUGGAUUCAGCCGUGGAGACAGACAUACCAGAGUCUGAUGGAGAGAAUAAGUCCAUCACUGUGAUAACAUUUGCAUCAAUGGAAAAUGUACUCCCUGCAAGAGAUGAAAACAAUUCAACCUCUAACUUCAUCAAUGGGAGAGUUGUACUUGUUUACUCUGAUGGAACUGUCAAUAAUGUUUCAUUCACUUUUGAUAUUUUAAACGAUACUUUGAAGAAACCUCAGUGUGUUUUUUGGAACUUCAGCCUCUUUGAUGGUCUCGGGGGAUGGGACGACGAGGGCUGCGAGCUGGUAGACGACAACAAUACUGUCACCUGCAACUGCAACCACCUGACCUCGUUCUCUAUGCUCAUGUCACCCUUCAGUCCAAAUGACCUUGUGUUGGAAUUUAUUACCUACAUUGGAGUUGGAAUAUCCAUGGCUUCCUUGGUUAUAUGCCUCAUAAUUGAAGCUGUCAUAUGGAGAAAAAUAAGAAAGAACAACACCUCUUACUUACGCCAUGUUUCCAUCGUUAACAUCGCUGUGUCUCUCCUGAUUGCAAACAUUUGGUUUAUUAUUGGAGCAGCCAUUUCAGAAGCAGAAAAGAAAGACCGAUCAGCAUGCAGUGCGGCCACAUUUUUCAUCCAUUUGUUCUACCUAGCCCUGUUCUUCUGGAUGUUUGCCUCAGCUCUGCUGUUGCUCUACCGCACAGUCAGUGUCUUCGAAGGGUUGUCCAAAAAUUCUAUGUUGGCAAUUGGUUUCUCUCUCGGCUACGGGGCACCCCUCAUCAUUGCAAUUAUAACUAUAGCUGUAACUGCACCCAACAAAGAGUACAUCCGUGAAACUCCAACCCAGUUGAUUUGCUGGCUAAACUUCGACGAUUCCAAACCUCUGCUGGCCUUUGUGAUCCCUGCACUGUUAAUAGUGGCGAUAAACCUUAUAAUACUAUGUGUGGUGAUUUACAAAAUGUUGAGGAGAAGGGCUGUGGGAGACGCUGCACAAGCAGCUGAGAGGAACGUUCUGGUGGUCAUUAUCAGGAGUUUGGCUGUCCUUACACCAUUUUUUGGAUUAACUUGGGGUCUGGGAGUCGGAACUAUGACCAACCCACACAACAAAGGAAUCCAUGGUUCAUUUGCAUUCUUCAAUUCACUGCAGGGAUUCUUCAUUUUGGUGUUUGGAACACUGUUGGACAAAAAGGUGCGGUCAGAAAUAGCAGCAAUAUCACAAAGUUCCAGAACUGGGACAAGGAGCACCAGUGCUGGAACCUCAUCAUCAAGUGGAUUAGGCUUUUUCCGAAACUGGAGAAGAGGAAGAGAUGGUUACAACGUAUCAUCCACUGCUUCUGGUGUAUCUCACUCCUUCCCCAACACAUGA